CCAAUUCCACUCUCACAAAUCACUCAGCCAAUGAGUUGACUAUCUAAUUGUUAGUAAUAAUCAUAUAGAACUAAUUAUGGUUGUGGUGUCUCUAAGUUUGGCCCUUCGGGAUUUUAAGUCUAUAUUUUACCAUACACUCUUAGCAAAGCGUCAUCACUCGUUAAACUUGAGUAGACUUAUGGGUUUAUACAUUUACAAAGUCAAUUGAAUCAAUCAAUGAAUUUUCUGAUAUAUCCCUCAUCUGUAUCAUCAUAUUUCUCACUCCUCCACCAAUCCAUUCCCGUUAUCUUCUCAAAAUGCAUCCCAAUUUGCCCCCUUCUUCCUUGGUCAUCCCUGCCAUCAUCUUUCUCCUCUCCCACCAAUUUCCAAACUUUGUAUGCAGUGACGAAUUUCACUAUUCAAACUGCAAUUCUCCGGUGGAAUGCGGUGGAUUGGGCAAAAUCGAGUAUCCUUUCUGGGUAAACGGCGCCCAGCCUGAUUACUGUGGCCAUCCCAGGUUCAAGCUGGAUUGCCUGCGUGGUGAUUUUCCCACCAUACAGAUCAUGCACCGGGACUAUCUUGUCAUGGACAUCGAUUAUGACACCCAAAUCCUAAAGAUGGCGACCUUCUAUGAAUUCUUUUGUCCUGAAUUCGACAUAACCAUGGAUUCAACUCUCUUCAGCUAUACUUCCGACGUUGAAAUCGCCACCGUAUUUUACGAUUGUUCCUCCACUGAUCCACACCCAGGAUCUUACAACUUUUCCUGCGUGAUCAAUAGCUUUCCAAGCCACGCUUACUUGGUUACAAAUACGUCAGCGGCAAGUGAAUUCGCAUCGGAAUGCAAGUUCAGUGCUUCAGUUCCAGUGGUCGUGCCAAAGUCAGCAGACGGUGUGAAAGAGAUAUUGAGUUCCGUGUUUAAGGUGAACUGGACGGUAAACAAGACAGAAUGCGAUGAAUGCGUUGGGUCUGGGGGUAGGUGUGGAUAUAACAGCACCUUGGACCAACCUUGCUGUUUUUGUCCUGAUAACCCUUACCGAAACAAAUGUCCAAAUCUACGUUCAAAGGAACCAAAACAUCUCAAGAAGGUUAUUAUAGGUGUUUGUGCUGGAUUAGGUACUCUCCUUAUUUCAAGCAUUUUUUUCCUCAUGUAUCUACGCCGCUACAAGAAGCGCUAUCCUCCACCUUUUCUCCCUCGAAUUAUCUCUUCUGAUCCCUCUUCGAAGACAAAUUUUGAGAGCCAGGGCAGCUUACACGGUGUCCAUAUAUUCACUUACGAAGAACUUGAAGAAGCCACUAACAAUUUUGAUUCCAGCAAAGAACUAGGAGAUGGAGGUUUUGGCACCGUAUAUCAUGGCAAACUCCGUGAUGGUCGUGUUGUUGCUGUGAAGCGCUUAUAUGAAAACAAUUACAAGAGGGUUGAGCAGUUCAUGAAUGAAGUUGAGAUCCUCCAACUUUUGCGCCACCGAAACCUAGUCUCCCUAUAUGGGUGCACCUCUCGCCACAGCAGAGAGCUCCUCCUUGUAUAUGAAUACGUUCCUAACGGUACUGUUGCUGAUCAUCUUCACGGUGAACAAGCUAAACCUGGAUCACUCACAUGGCCAACUCGAAUGAAAAUUGCCAUAGAGACUGCAAGUGCAUUGAAAUAUCUCCAUGCUUCUGAUAUCAUCCACCGUGAUGUCAAAACCAACAAUAUUCUCCUUGACAACAACUUCUCUGUGAAAGUUGCAGAUUUUGGGCUGUCCCGUCUCUUCCCAACAGAUGUUACCCAUGUUUCAACUGCUCCACAAGGAACUCCUGGAUAUGUUGAUCCCGAUUAUCACCAAUGCUACCAGCUUACAAGCAAGAGUGACGUCUAUAGCUUUGGGGUGGUCCUGAUUGAGCUUAUAUCAUCAAUGCCUGCUGUUGAUAUCACUAGGCACCGGCAUGAGAUUAACUUGUCUAACAUGGCUAUCAACAAGAUCCAAAACCAUGCAUUGCAUGAACUUGUUGACUGUUCCCUUGGGUUUGAUUCAGACCAGAACAUAAGGAGGAUGAUAAUGGCAGUGGCAGAGUUGGCAUUUCAGUGUUUGCAAAAUGAGAAGGAAAUGAGACCUGCUAUGGAUGAAGUGCUUGAGGUUCUAAUGGGCAUUGAGAGUGAGGGUUGCAAUAUAGUAAAGACAGAGGAGGUGGAGAUUCCAGCAGACAGUGGGCAGAGCUAG